UGCCGAGCACGGGAGUGGAUGGGGAGGAGGAGCAGUGGACCCUACCAUCGUGUGGACGAGGACGAGGAGGAGAAGGCGGCUCCAUCCACCCAGCCGGCUUGAGAGCACCGCUCGCUUGACGAAAUAUUCACCAACCAAAGAUUCACCGUGGAUCCACAAAGGUUCACGCUUUCUUCUCGCGUCCUCUCGUCAACAAUCGGCAAAGACGCGGCUGCAGCUCCAGUAGCUUUUGGGAGGAUCUCUGCCCGCAUUCCGCGUGACCCAAUUCUGGAGAAACUGGAGUACCUGGAGACAACGCGUGCACAUGAGGGGAUAGCACUCACAAAAACACGCAGGAUUUCAUGAGUCUCUGCCUCCUCAACUACCGCAACGGAAGAGAUCUGGACGUGAAAAUUGCCUUCUGCCAGGCAUUCCGCACUGGGCUGGAUGUGGCGUUCCUUGGCCGUCACUUCUUCACCAUGAGCGGGCGGCCCGUGCAGGAACCGCAGAACUUCUACAGCGUGGAGGUGGGCGACUCCACCUUCGCCGUGUGCAAGCGCUACCAGAACCUGCGCCCCGUCGGCUCGGGGGCCCAGGGCAUCGUGUGCGCUGCCUAUGACACCAUCAUCGACCGCAAUGUGGCCAUCAAGAAGCUGAGCCGGCCCUUCCAGAACCAGACGCACGCCAAGCGCGCCUUCCGAGAGCUGGUGCUCAUGAAAUGCGUGAACCACAAAAAUAUCAUUAAGCUGCUGAACGUGUUCUCGCCUCAGAAAUCCCAGGAGGACUUUCAAGAUGUGUACCUCGUGAUGGACUUGAUGGACGCGAACCUGUGCCAGGUGAUCCGCAUGGAGCUGGAUCACGAGCGGAUCUCGUACCUGCUCUACCAGAUGCUGUGCGGUAUCAAGCACCUGCACUCUGCCGGGAUCAUACACAGGGACCUCAAGCCCAGCAACAUCGUGGUGAAGUCCGACUGCUCGCUCAAGAUCCUGGACUUUGGGCUGGCACGCACAGCCGCCACCAGCUUCAUGAUGACCCCGUACGUGGUGACGCGGUACUACCGCGCGCCAGAGGUCAUCCUGGGCAUGGGCUACACCGAGAACGUGGACAUCUGGUCAGUGGGGUGCAUCAUGGGAGAGAUGGUGCGCCACAAGAUCCUCUUCCCCGGACGUGACUAUAUCGACCAGUGGAACAAGGUGAUCGAGCAGCUGGGCACGCCCGUGUCCGAGUUCAUGAAGCGCCUGCAGCCCACGGUGCGCAACUACGUGGAGACGAGGCCGCGCUACCCGGGGUACAGCUUCGAGAAGCUCUUCCCUGACGCACUCUUCCCCGCCGACUCGGAGCACAGCAAGCUCAAAGCGAGCCAGGCGCGCGACCUGCUGUCCCGCAUGCUCGUCAUCGACCCCCUCAAGCGGAUCACGGUGGACGAGGCCCUGCAGCACCCCUACAUCCACGUGUGGUACGACCCCGCCGAGGUGAACGGGCCGUCGCCACAGAUCAGCGACCGCCGCCUGGACGAGCGCGAGCACACCGUGGACGAGUGGAAAGAGCUCAUCUACAAGGAGGUGCUGGACUGGGAGGACCGCGGCAAGAAUGGCGUCGUCAAGAGGCAGCCGCUGGCCUCAGGUGCAGCAGUGACGCCGACCGCCCCGCAGGCCCAGCCCACCGUGGCUCUCUCGGCCCCGGCGGGGCCUCACCUCCUGCCCGAGCCCGACCCCAAGGCCGACAGCAGCUUCAAGAUGCUGGCGGGGCCGCUGGCCUGCUGCAGGUGACGCCGCCGCCGCCGUCGUCGCCGCCGACGCCGCGGCCGGUCGGUGGCGGCGGCGGCGCGCGGCGGCUGGUGACGGUCAGAGCGGCACGGAAACCUUCGCCUGGCGGUGACGGCGUCUCGGUGGGCCCCGGCGGCAGUGGCCGAACGUGGGCGUCCCGAGUGUCCGCACGCACGCCUGGUCCUAUCUCCAUUCUCCUUCUGUCUGUCCGUGCGUACGUCCGUUCUGUCUCGGUGGCUGUUGUGUCCUGUGUUUGUCUCUUGGUUGGUCCGUGUAACUGUUUGUUGAUUUGUUUCUGUGUCAGUCUGUUGUUUCUUCUGUUGCUGUGUUGUUCGGUCUGUGUGUAUGUACGUUCCUCUGUCUGUCAAUCAGUCAGUCAGUGUAAUGCGUGUGAGAACGUACCCACAGAGAGAUACCCGGUGGCCUGCUAGGGGCUCGACAUUUUACAACUUCGGAAACAAAUAGUUGUUCAAAUUUGUCACUCAAGUUGUUUUGAUUUCCUAAAUUGUUAAUGCAUUGGAACUUUUGUUGUUGUUGUUAACGAUGACAUUUCAAGGAAGAAAAAAAAAAUUGUGUCACUUCUACAAACCAUUUACAUUUUCAUAUAUAUUUUAAAAAAUACAUCUUAAAGUGGACAUUAAACUGGAUGCCAUGUUACAUGAACAAGGGGACAAUAUCGCCUAUGCGCACCGAGGUGCACGUCCACCACAGGGCCGUUGGGGACGUGUGCCACCCCUCCCGCCCCCCCGGUGUCGUUUCUUCAAGCCUCUGGUAGUGCACGAGUAGCAGAAUCGGAAUCUGUAUUUAUCUGGAGACCUCCGUUCCGAUGAGCUGUGAAGCUUCUUUUUUUCCCAGAUCUCCAGUCGGGGCUGGGCCAGAAACUUCAACAACAAAAAAACACAAAAAACGAUCAAGUAUAGGAAAGGAUGACAAAUCACAAAAAAUAAAGACGUUAAAGAGAUCAAGUGUAUCAGUUCAAAUUGUGUCCCAGACCACACCAAGGCAAAGAUCCCCCGUUAAUCCUUAAGAGACUGUUGGGGCAAGUGCUGUUAGCGAGCACCUAUGAAGGCCGACACGACACACGAGGGGGUGGGUGGCCAGCACCACGCCUGGCCACCUUUGUCUCCCUAGUAGCGAUAUUUACACAUCACACACGAGCUACUGAUUUAAGGCUGAGUCGACCUAAGGGAGACCCAGGACUGGCUUAAAUAACCCUCAUUGGUGUCGGCAGUGAGCGGGAAUCGAAACUCGGGGCGCUGGGGUUCGUAGCGCAGCACGCUAACGCCUACACGACUGCUCUCCCACACAGACACCAUUACAACACACAGUCCCAUACCACACACCAAUACAACACACAGUCCCAUACCACACACCAAUACAACACACAGUCCCAUACCACACACCAACACAACACACAGUCCCAUACCACACACCAAUACAACACACAGUCCCAUACCACACACCAACACAACACACAGUCCCAUACCACACACCA